AUGGCCUCACCCUAUGCCGCACCCGCCGCGUACGCGACGCCCGUGCCCGCCGCACCAACGAGCCUCGCGUCCGAGCAGCUCGUCGCGGCGCUGUCGGCGUCGCUCGCCCGCCUGUCCGAGUUGUCGUCGCGCGUGCCGGGCAGCGCCAUCGUGUGGCGGUACCUCAAGGCGAGCCACCAGGACGACCCGUUCCGCACCGUCCUCGAGAUCCUCCUCGUCUUCUUCAUCGUCCGCACCUACCUCAUGGCUCGCACAAAGGGCGAGAGCUCGGGCAAGAACUUUGUCAAGUUGAGCGAGAAGGAGAUUGACGAGCUCGUGAGCGAGUGGACGCCCGAACCCCUCCUCCCGCCAAACCAGGAGACGCCGCUGCACCCGCCCAUCAUCGUCGGCGCGACCGGCCCUCGCCCCAAGCCCAUGUCGCUCGACCAGCCGGGCAAGCAGGUGACCAACCUCGCGAGCGCCAACUUUGCCGGCCUCGCGGGCAACGACCGCAUCAAGGACAAGGCCAUGCGCGCUCUCCGGCGGUACGGCGUCGGCAGUUGCGGCCCGGCCGGCUUCUACGGCACUUUCGACGUCCACCUCGAGCUCGAGCGCGACAUUGCCGCCUUCCUCAACGUUCCCGCCGCCAUCAUCUACGCGCACGCCUUCAGCUGCGUCUCGUCGGUCGUGCCGUCGUUCUGCAAGCGUGGCGACAUCAUCGUCGCCGACCGCGGCAUCAACUUUGCGCUGCAGAAGGGCAUCCAGAUCUCGCGCUCGACCGUGCGCUGGUACGACCACGGCGACUACGCCGGGCUCGAGCGCAUCCUCGAGGGCAUCCGCAAAGAGGACAAGAAGUACAAGCGCAACCCGACGGCAAGCAGGCGGUUCAUCGUCACCGAGGGCAUCUUCGAGAACGAUGGGAGCAUGGUCGACCUGCCCAAGGUGAUCGAGCUCAAGAACAAGUACAAGUACCGCCUCAUCCUCGACGAGUCCUGGUCGUUCGGCGUCGUCGGCAAGACCGGUCGGGGCGUCACCGAGGUCUUUGACGUCCCGGCUGCGGCCGUCGACAUGCUCAUGGGCUCGAUGGCGAGCUCGCUCGCUGCAGGCGGCGGGUUCUGCGCCGGCAGUCGCGAGGUCGUCAUGCACCAGCGCAUCAACUCGCCCGCAUCCGUCUUCUCCGCCUCGCUCCCGCCUCUCCUCGCCGUCUCGGCGUCCGAGGCGAUCGCGCUCCUGUCCACCUCGGUCACUUCCACCAACCCGGCCCACCCGCUCGCGUCCCUCCCCGCCAACGUGCGCGCCCUGCGCACGAUCCUCGACCAGAUCCCGACCAUCGAGAUCUUGUCGGCCGAGAUCUCGCCCCUCAUCCACCUCAUGAUCAAGCCGUCGACGCUCGACGCGCUGCACAAGGCGGCGGCGGACGGCGGCGUCAAGGGCCGCGCACGCAGCCACUCGAACUCGGCGCGAGAGGAGCAGGAGCGCCUUUUGCAGGAGAUUGUCGACGCCGCGGCCGAGAACGGCGUCCUCCUGUCGACGACCAAGCGCAACUGGGCGCAGGAGAUGGUCGAGCUGCGGCCGAGCAUCCGCAUCUGCGUCACGAGCGGCCUGACCAAGAAGGAGGUUGAGAAGGCCGGCGCCGUCGUCAAGAGCGCCGUAGCCAAGGUCCUCGGCAAGGGCAAGAAGUAGACUCUUUUCCUCCAUCUGUACAAGCCUCCAUCUACGUGUCCCUCGUAAUCAUGACGGCGCCCUGCGCUCGUCCUCCUCUUC